GUCUCCAGUCAUAUUUCAUGUCUGAUUUCACAGAUUAUAUAUGUAUAUAAUAGCUAAUUUACACGUGGUGGCAGACUCGAUUAAAUGAGAAUGGGGCUUGUGUAGUUCCUCGGGGAAAAAAAGAAGAGGAGGAAACGGUUUAUCGAAAGACAAAUUCUUGUAGCACACGGAAGAGACAAGUUUGACAUAGGCAAUUCUAUAUUUAUGUACAUUAACCUUAAAUCGGAGAAAUAAAAUUUUAUUUCUUGUACGAUCACUAUUUCAGAUCAUGGAAUUUGAAAUUCUAUAACAGACGAGAGAUCUGGUUCUAUAAUAUGAUAGAUCUAACCUGUAUUUCAUCUAUGAUUAUAUUUAACUUUAAAUUAAACAGUCUUAAUGAAAAAAAUUUUUUUUGAAAAUGAACAAAAGUGAAAAUUUUAUAAAGAAAGGUACCACUAUUUUAACCGCCAAACCAUUUGCUUAUACACUCUAUUCAAAAUAUAGAAAUCAACGAUGUGAUUAUUGUUUUAAAAGUGGGAAUCUAUUUAAAUGUUCUGUCUGUCAGUAUGUUUAUUAUUGUAAUCGAUCUUGUCAACGAUUAUCUUGGCCCAUACAUAGCAAAGAAUGUGCAAGUUUAAAGAAAUGUUCACCAAGAGUGGUACCAAAUGUUGCAAGACUUAUGGCACGUAUAAUUAUAAAACUAAAUCAAGGUGGAGAUGAAGAGAUAGGAUAUUAUAAUGAAACAAAUUAUAGAAAAUUUAAGGACUUAAUGUCUCAUUGUUCUGAGAUAAAAAGAGAUAAGAAAAAAAUGGAACAUUUUAUAUGCUUAUGUGGUAUUUUAUAUGAAUUCCUUGGAGAUAUGCCUGUACCAAAUACCACAGAAUUAAUGGGUAUUUAUGGCAGAAUUUGUAUUAACUCUUUUAAUAUAUCUAAUUUAGAUACAAAUAUUGGUGUUGGUAUUUAUUUGGCACCUUCUAUUUUGGAUCAUAGUUGCAAACCUAAUGCUGUAGCAAUCUUUGAGGGAAUUACCAUAAUAGUUAAAACAAUAGAAGAUCUGCCUUCUUUAGAUUUAUCUCAGAUAAAAAUAACAUACAUUGACGUAAUUAAGACAACAAAAGAUAGACGUACAGAACUGCAAAGUUCAUAUUAUUUUUGGUGUAACUGUGAAAAAUGUGAAGGUCCAGAACCAAUGGCAGAAGCAGCAGCAUGUCCAAAUAAAUUUUGUACAUAUCCUUGUCCUUCUGAUGCUGAUAUGUGUGAAAAUUGUAAUACAAAAUUUUCAAAAAAUUUUAAAAAGAUUUUUGAUGAAAUAUCUGAAUUUACUGCAUAUCACUUAGAAAACAUGAAGAAUAUUGCCUAUCUGGAUGUAAGCAAAAUGUGUCUCUCAAAACAGGAAGGCAUUUUACAUCCUCUCAAUGUACAGCAUGUACAAACUUUACAGACUGCUUUUGACUCUUCUAUAAACUUACAACAUUGGGAGGAAGCUGAAUCUUAUGCUAAAAAACUUAUUAAUGGCUACUUAACGUAUUAUGGAGAAAUUCAUCCAACAACUGGAUUACUUUACCUAGCAAUAGGAAAAAUUCAGGUAUAUUCAGGAAAAAAACUAAAACAAGCUAUUGAAGCAUUAAAAAAAGCUAGUUCAAUAUUAACAAUAACACAUGGAGAACAACAUAGUGUAAUAAUAGAAGAUUUGAAACCACUUCUUUAUCAAGCUACUGUAGUAGACUUCAAUGAAUCAUAAUAUUUCUUAGAUUGAUCAUUUAUUGUAUAUAAUAUACUGUAAUACUUAUAUGUAAUACUUAUAUAAUUGUAUAUGAUAUACUAAUAGUGUACAUAUUAUUUAUAAUAAAUGAUUUUAAUAUUUAAAAAGAUUAAUU